UUGAAUGAUUUAUAUGAUGGACUCUUUCAGCCUAACAGACCUAAUGAAGUUGUACCUGAUGGGGAUAAGUCCAGCCCUCAGCCUGUCAACAAAGAUGUCAAUCAAUACAUAAUCAUUGACCUUGAAGAAGCCACGGAUUACAGGUUAGAAUUGUGGGCCGAAAACGCUAUCGGGCCAGGUGACCGGACAGAGUUUGAUUUUUCCACUGCUGGAGCGAAGCAUGAGCCUACAACUUUGACACCCUCCUCAUCAGCUACGAAAAGUAGAAAUUAUAACACUGCGAAAAUGACAACUGCAAGAUCUAUUACAGGACGUACUCCAGCUACAAGUACCGGUUUGGAUAAAGGAACAAUCAUCGGGAUAGUAAUUGCUGCGUUUUUAAUCGUUUUAAUUGUGGUUGACAUCUCGUGCUGCAUCGUGAACGACUGUGGACUAACAAUGUGUUUCUGUGUACACUGCUGCGGACGAAGCGCUCCAGCGCCCAACAAAGCUGAGAUAGAGUUGGGAGAGGGAAAGGGAAACGGUGCGGUUACAAGUCAACAGAUAACAACCGUGGAUGAGGCUACACUACCUGACGAAUCAGCCAAUCAGGAGAUAAAUAGUUGUGAUGUUGCUGCCAAUGGCAGUGAAGAAGCCGGAGCUGGUAAAGGCGGUAAGGUUGCCUAUUCGGAGAUCCGGGAAGAUGGUGAUGGUAGCGCUCCAACUGAAGCACCUGUAGAAAAGGACAAACUAAUGGGAUUAGACACUGAGCAAGCGCCCCAAACGGAUGAAAAAACGCCCAUGCUAAGCAACCAGGAUAAAGCUGCCAUUGUGGCAGACCCUGUACCAGCAGCUGAUGGAGACGCAAAAUCUGAGCCACCUGCAACUAGCCCUGCUAGUGAGACCCCUGCUGAGCCCCCAUCCAUUUCUACCCCAGAACAGAACGCCACAGACAAGCCUGAAACUAAAGGUGAGCUUGCUGAUCCUGAGUAUGUUGACUAUUGAUGAGAACAAAACUAGGAAGCUCUACAAUCGUCUUUACUAUCACUUUACAAGGAAGAACAUUUCUAAAUUAUUGGAAAAAUGAUCGUGCAAGAUUCUACGUAAAGAAAUUUUUUUCCUUAAAAAUUGAAUGAUUGAUACAUUACUAUGAAAUAUUUAUCAAAAGUUGUUUGUCAGCUGACCUGUGAUUGGACAAUGGCAAUUAGUUAGAAUCAUAAUCUUUUGAAUUUCAACCAAUCACGAGUACCGGAUCAGUCACAUGACGAGGUGUUCUUUCCCCUAGUGUUUUGCUCUUGCUAAUGGUAUCAUGUGUUACAAUAUGGAUCUUUUUCUAUAAAAAUGUUUAAUGCAUAUAUUUCCCCUUUAAAAUUAGUUACCUUUUAAAUUUAGGUUUUAAGGGGAUCAUAAAUUGUUGUUUUGGAAAAAAAAAAUCCUUAAAUAAUUGAUAGAAUUUCACAAUUAUUUUGAUCAAAAUGGAUUUAAAUUUGCUUGAUUUUUGUGAAUUGUAUAAAGAUACAGAUGAGUGUGCCAAGUUUUUAUGAUGACCUUUCAACUGUUUGUCGUUACAUUAUUUGAAAGUCUUUUGAUUUUUACAUCAAUUUAAAUGUCAAACGAGAUAAAUCAGAAAAUUUCUCCUGGAGAUAAUGUAGACAUAGGAUCAGUUAGGAUGUUUUUCUUAUAUUGUUUUCAAGUGCAAGUAUGUAAGAUUAAAUGAAUGAAAAGAGAAUGAGGACGACUAUGUGAGUUGCAGCAGGUUAACUCGCAGAUCCGGUACUACUAUGUAUGCUAUGCAUAUAGCACAAUAUACAAUAUGUAUACGUAUCAUACAUAUGUCCUUAUAAAGAGCAAAAUAUAAAAAAAAUCGUCUGAAAUAUUCAGUUCAUAUAUACUAUGUACAGUUCAUAUAUGGAGUACUAUAUGAAUGUUGCUGAAGAAACCCAUGUUGAUUGUGUCAACUGGAUCGGCACUACCAUCGUUCUGCACGUUAACUUCCUCUAUGAAAUUCAAAAUUUUUGCAUAAAAUGCAAGUGGGAAAAAAAACAAAAAUUUGUUUCCAUGGAAACCUGCUGCAUGUUUGGAAUGAUGCAAAAUAAACAUAAGAUGUCAGUGGAACUUAGUUUUUGCUACGCCUCUUUUUUCCUUUACCCUUUACCCUGUAUCACUUCACGCAGGUUGAACUUUUAGGUUUAGUUUAAUCGCAUCAAAUGUGUUCAGGAGUUUGUACAUACUACAGAAUACCAUAUGAGCCAGGUAUAGUCUGUUUAGAUGAUUGUCAGUCCCAUUUACUAAUAUGAUGUAUAAAUUUAGCAAUAGGUUACAGCAUGCAGCGCCCUCUUAUGUCAAACGAUUCUCACAAAUCAUUUACUUACCACAGAACAGCUAUAUCACUGCAAUACGUAAUGACCCGAGCAUUUUAUUGUUGGUUGUGGUCUCUGAGCAAGUGGUAUCAAAUGAAAAAUGUUAAUGGACAAUAUUUGGACAUAACAUUAGUAUGUCUACCAAGUGGAGACUUCUCGUGCAUUUUGACUGUACAUAACUCAUAUUCUGUGGACAUUUAAAUGUGUUGCCUGUGAUGAUAGAAUUGAGUUUUAAUUCUCUAUGGGCCUAUCGAACUUGUUUAUAUACAUGGCCCCACCUUAAAGACAAUAAAUGAUCAGUUUGUGUAAAGGUGGCUACAUAAUAUGCUAUUUUUAUCAACAGGAAAUAUAAAAUAUACAGCAUUACAAUGCAUUAUAUAGGUCCUAUUUAUCCACUAGACUCGUGUAUGUAUUUCUAAUAUUGAACAUGUAGAAUAGUUAUUUUCAAGAAUGGUUUAUGGUAACUAUAUUCUCAUAUUGUCUGUCUGUCAAAAAGAAAAAUGUAGAAAUGAAUGAAAAAAAAAAUGAAGUUUUGUGUAGUUAACAAAUUUGUAGCAUAGAUUAUUUAAUUAUUAUUAUUAUUAUUAUAAAAAAUACCAAAGCCAAUGUUAGCACUUGUGGAAUUUCGUUUUUUUUGUUUCAAAGGCAACAAUGACUAAGCCAAUACCAAUACUGAAGAUUGUGUCAAAGUUUGAAGAAGUUAUUUUGCAUUUUUUAAUUUGUUUACUGGUAUUUCUAGGUUGUGUUGUCCUUAUAGAUGUGUAUGUUUUGAUAUGGGAGGGCUUGAAAGAUCCAUAAUUAUUAUAUUAAUGAUCAUAGAUUAAUUAUUAUAGCUUGAUUAUUGCAAUCACUCGAUAAUGCUGAUUAUAAUUAUUGAGUAUAAUUAUUAUUGAGUUUAUUAUGGUAGUAGCCCUGCAUGGUAAUACAUUGUCUAUAUUAUACUGUAAGGAUUAAAUUUAUCGUACUAGUGAUGGGAAUUAUCCCUUGAUAGGUAUGAUAAAUUGUAUACGAUUUCUGUAAAUCUGAUGUUUAAAGUAAAGUCGAUGACGUGUUAUAAUUGUUUGAUAGCAAGUAGAAAUUCUUUUUUGUAUUGGCUUUAAUUUGUUGACAGCCAACUGUUAAAACUUAUAAUCGUUUCUUUAUGCAGUCGUAUAAUCGAUCUGCAAUCAGAAAAGUAAGGUAUUGAUGCACUUGUGUGUUUUUUCUGUUGCAGUUUUUUUUUGUUGUUGUUAAAAGUUCAAUCAAAAGUAAACAAUUUAAUUUGAUCCUUAAAAUGCACUUGGAAGAUCUAGCAACUUGUACAAAACUCAGCACUUUUCAUGUGCACCAUUUUUACUGGAAAUUUUUGAAGGAAGUGGAUUUUGUAACAUUUAAAAAAAAAAAACAUAAAACUGUAAACUAGAGCUUGGGUACGGGUAUUUUUCUGGAAGCGAUUUUGACUGGUUUUUGCAAAUUAUGCUACUAUUUCGGAUAACAGGAAGGAUAGCAGUUGAAUGAAAUUGAACAAAUUGAAAAGAAAUUUUAAAAGCCAUGCAUUUCCCCCAAAAUGUAUGGAUCAAAUUACAGGGCCUCACCAUCGUGAUGGAAAAUGAAAAUUGGCCAGAGGGUGUUUUUUUAAGGCCCAAGUUACUAAUGUAAAGAAAAGCAUUGGUUAAACAACAUGCCAAGCCAUCUACAGUAGUUUUUAAGCAGAUGCCUCAUGAUUAAAGGUGCAUUACCUCAAAGUAAUACUCGGAUGAGAUUGUGAGACAAUCCAAUGUGUUUUAAAGUAGGUUACAUCAUGUCCAUACAUUUCAAUACUGACGUUUAGAUAGGGGUUUAAUUUCAUUGUUGAAUUGUAAUAUUUCAAUCUUGGUAACGAGGCAAUUUUCAAUCCUUGAGAACUUGUCUAGUGUGUAAUAAAGUAGUUGUGAUUUUAGUGAAAA